AGAUGUGUGUCCAUCUACUAAUCAAUUCCACUUUAAGCUUCAAAAUAAUCUCCCUCUCACCACUUCUUUCUUAGCACCUCUACUUCCCUUUCUAAAAAUCCGCCAUGCCGGCCCAAGUGAUCCCUGAGCAGACCUUUCACUCCCUCCACGACACAAUCACGGAGGAAACGAAUACAACUUUAUAUCCUAAGAGGUUGGAAGGAAAAGUAGCUAUCAUCACCGGAGGAGCACACGGGAUCGGCAAAGCAACCGUCAUACUAUUCGCUAGACAUGGUGCUACGGUGGUGAUUGCUGACAUGGACAACGUAGCUGGCUCUUCCCUGGCUAAGUCACUCUCAUCCCACUUAACCACCUCGACCGUGGCAUUCAUUAGCUGCGAUGUCUCGGUCGAAGCUGACGUGGAAAACCUCGUGAACGAAACCGUUGCACGGUACGGUCGGCUCGACAUUCUAUUCAACAACGCGGGAGUUCUCGGCGACCAGAAGAAACACAAAAGCAUAUUAGAUUUCGACGCGGACGAGUUCGACACCGUGAUGCGUGUGAACGUGCGAGGAACAAGGCUCGGCAUGAAACACGCGGCACGUGUCAUGGUCAACAGAGGGUUCAGAGGCUGCAUAAUCUCCACCGCUAGUGUGGCAGGUGUGAUGGGUGGUAUGGGACCACACGCUUACACGGCCUCGAAACAUGCCAUAGUUGGUUUGACCAAGAACGCAGCGUGUGAGCUAGGCAAGUAUGGGAUUAGGGUUAAUUGUAUAUCUCCGUUUGGUGUUGCCACGUCGAUGCUGGUGAACGCGUGGUGUAAGACGAGUGGCGGUGACGUGGAUGGGGAUGACGUGGAGGAGAUGGAGGAGUUUGUGAGGAGUAUGGCUAAUUUGAAAGGAGAGACAUUGAGAGCGACUGAUAUAGCUGAGGCUGCGUUGUAUUUGGCAAGUGAUGAGUCCAAGUAUGUUAAUGGACAUAACCUUGUCGUUGACGGUGGUGUUACGACUGCGAGAAACUGUGUUGGGUUGUGAUGAAAUGUGUGUGUGUUUUUAAUUCUCUAAUUGCACUGUUAAUUAAGUGGAUUUGGUAGUAAAUCUUUGUGUUAUCUUUUUUUUUUUUGGUUUGAAUAGCUGGUGAAUGAAUAAAACAAUGGUUUUAUUUGUA